UGGCAGCGCUCCCGUGGCUUUGUCGCUGUCUCUGUCUCUGCCUCUGCCUCUGCCUCUGCUCCUCCUGACGAGAACUCCGACCGCACACCCACCGACAUCUCCUCGCCACUUAUCCUUCUCUUGCCUUGUAUUCUUUGUUCGACCGUUGAACCCGCGCGCCUUGUACCACUGCUUCUUUGCCGGCGCGCCUGGGUGGAUAUUGUACACAUUCCACUUGCUCCAGCUCCCGAUCCCAGCGGAGCCACUCCCCUUCUCCCGACCGACGACACGACUACGCUUUCUUCCAACACCACCACAGCACGCUGCACCGGGCAGUCUGGGUAGCCGCUGCCUCCAUGCGUGUCUAGAGAUUGCUCCAGUCCCGCUCGGGACCCCGUCGACCAACUUCCUGCCCGCCACCGCCGACCGGUCGUGCGAGAAGACCGUAUACUUAGCCUUUACAUCUCCGCCAAGCCGCGAUUCGACCCAUUGAUCCUUCGACCAUCGCCGACUUCACCAACGAAACCCAGCCGGCUGUCACCACGGCCGAUCAGAUGGCUGAGGUACUCUCGCCACUUUCUUCACCUUCCAGCACCAUUACGAUGCUGCAUUCUCGACCUUCAUCCUCAGACGCGUUCAACGGCUCGUCUCAACAAUACUCUUCUUCUCCUCGGCAAGGGCAACAGACCCGAAGCAUGCACAAUGGACAAAAUGGCAGUUAUCGGAGCACAGCCGCUGCUCCCGUACAGCCUUAUGCCUUCCAGAGCACACCGAAUCUGCGGCAGGAAACCCGCAGCGUCUCUCAAUCGGCGGUAUCACAUGGCGUUAUCGGUCAAAAGCCUGCACACACGCACACGCAGUCUGUGUCGAAUUCUUCGACCACAUCAUCAGAUACCUCCUCCCAACCGUCGGCGAAGGACGACUCGGUGAUUGGGUCGAAGAACUCGUCCUUGAUCAAUCUCUCGUCGAGCGUGCCUGACUUAUCGCUCACCACUUUCGAUCAACCUGCGAAGCCGUCACCCGGUCGAUAUCGUCGAGCCGGACAGCGGACUGAGUCUGGCACCAGCACACCAAAGGCUACGACACCGUCAAUUGCGACGUCUGCCGGACCAUCCACAUCCAACAGUGGCGAUACUGGUGCGGAAGUAUCAGUUUCGCAGCCGGUUCAGCGUAGAGAGAGCCAAGAUGACAUUGCAGUGAAAACGGGCAGUGCGGAAUUGGCAAAGCGUUAUAGGAGACGCAGCAUGAACACCAUUGACACCGUGUCGCACACGGGCGCUGGCACUCAAGGACCCGCGCCGUCACAUGGACCCAGCUCCUCAGUGGCGACUACAAUACGCCCGGUAUCAUCGCACACGCGGUCGGGAAGUGAUGAAAGCUCAGCAUCAAUCAGGAAACUCGAAGGAGCAACACAAGAUGGUGCUAAGAACGCAAGUGGACUCCGACCAGAGGGACUGAAGGCUGUUGCCCCUGGAACAUCUUCCGAAGCCAGCAAGCGUGCGAGAGCACCUUCGCCACUCUCCAAGGAGGCCGAGACAGAGUCUUCGCCCGCAAGCGCUGCGCCCAAGCCUAAGACGUACGCUGCGGCAGCGCAAGCUGGCGUUCAAGCGCACGCUCAAGCACAGUCCGCCGCGGCCCAGCAGCUGGCUGCCGUGUCGGAUAAGGAUCUCAACAAGGGCAUGAAAUCACGUCUGCGACGUGCCUUCUCAUUUGGCAGCGCACAAGAGCUUCGACGUAGCGCAGCAGAGAACAGCGAUGCUGCUCACGCCGCUGCACACCACGCCCAGCAAACGAGAAUGCAGCAUCAGCAGCAUAUCGAUGAUGAGCUCGACGCCGAACAGCAGGAGAUCGCUCGCAAGCAGGAAGCCGCUGGUCUCGGUAACAGCAUAUAUGCCAACACGUCGGUGGCCUUGACUGGCUCAACUGACAACAUCUCGAUUUCUUCGACCGCAUCAUCGGCAUCGAUGAUGUUGCGCAAGAUGGGUAGAGGGGCCAAGAAGAGUGCUAGGAGCAUCAAGGGCCUAUUUCGGCCGAAGUCGGUCAUCGGCGUACCAGCAGCUGACGGACCAGUAUCGACUCAAGCCCAGCCUAGCGUUGCGCAAGUGUCCAUGGUUAGCGUGGAAGCUGAGCGACAAAAGGUGAAUGUGGAUGCACAUCCCGCGGAUAAACACGGGAUUACAGGCUUCCCGAAGUUGGAGCGCAAUUCCAUCGACGCUGCGAACAACAUUGGCGCAUCGUCUACGCGGGGAUCUGGAGACCGGUCGGACUCCUUUUCGCGCCGCAGCAUCGUGGGCAGCGAUAAAGACCGCGCUGAAGUGCUAGCCGCAGUGAAGAAGGGUAUCCUGAAGCGCUCAGGCACAGCUUCUCCCACUGCUUCUCCAGUGAUCAAGCCGACCGACGCCCAGAACAACUCGGAAAGUCCAUCCUCCAGCAUGCCGAGCACGCCCAAGGACGGCAGUCGCAACGACUCUAUGAAGAAUGCGGCGAAUGGCGACUACUUCAGCCCACGCCUUGCUUCCAUGGCUAAGAGCAUGCCCAACACGCCUAACGGGUCACGAAAUAUAAGCUUCAGUCCACGAAUACAGUUUCACGACGUGUGGUCCAGCACCGAGUAUGACCGCAGAGGCGAGAUCGCCACUUGCAAUCGACUUACGCCCAUGCUCGCACAGCAGAUCAAGGAGGAACUCAAUACCUUCAAGAUGGAGAUGGAAGUGCACGAGUUGUCGAAACCACACACCCACUUCUUCUAAUGAACACAAAAUAUGACUGAAAAGCUGGCGAAACGACACGCAUGAAUCGUACGGAGCCAUAAGAGCACAUCACAACACCUCACAGCGAUGCCGCAUUUUCUUGCCGACGCAGAUCGGGACGGAGUAGGAUAUCAUCUAAUCUUUUUGACAAUGGGUAUUGAGCGACUGGGGUUAUCAUAAAGCGGGCGUCCGGAGAACCGAGUCUUGUGCAGAUGGCGGCGUUCUCUCCUUGUGUAGGCACGGAACAGGAUCGCGGGAAAGAGGGGCACCAUCCUCAUCACUUCACUACUUUUUUGUGACUGGAUGUUGUUAGGAUUGCAUACUCUCUUGCAAAAGUCACAAGCUGGAUGCGAGGUGGGCUGAAGCUUGACGACUUAAUUGGCAAGCGCAAGUCAAACACGAACGAGUAGUGGUUUGACAUGGAUGCAUACAAUGCUAUUCACCUUGACCUCGCUCACUUGAGCAUACUCUCAGGUUCACACUGCGUGGACACAUCUUUUCAAAUCUACUGC